UUUAAGAAGAAACUGGACAGCCAUUCGUCUGAAAUGCUACAGAGUUUCCUCCCUAAGCUGGGGGUUGGACUAGAUGACCUCCAAGGUCCCUUCCAACUCUGUUAUUCUGUUAUACUCUUGAUAUCCCUAUCGCCUACCACUAUUACUAGCUUACUAUACUGAAGAGUUUUGUUUGAAGCUAACUCCAAAUAAAGUUGGAGAUCAAUCAGUCAAUCAAUGUGUAAUUGGCCAGGAGUUUCAUAGCAUUGUUUUCCUCUUUUUGUAAUGGUAGAUGAGUGUAGAUGAAUAAACAAGUUUAAUUUAUUUGGUGCGUCAUAGCCAUUUUAUAAGAAUGUAGUCAUUGUGUGAAGUUUCAUGUUCUACACAUUAUAACUUGAGGCAUAUAUCCAUUGAGGAACCUCAGGCAAGGUUUACAAGCACACCAUGGUAAAUUGCCCUAUCUAUAUACAUUUGUUUAUAUAAAGCCCUGGUAAGUUACAGUAAAAGUUUGCCGAAAGUACAACGAACUUCUUGUUUUAUAGGAAGGCAACUUCCUGCUAAGUUUAUACUGUGCCUAAUCUUGAAACUGCAAAUCAUUAAUGAAGUUUAACUACUGGGAAGUUGUUAAAACUUUAUGCAAAACCAUGGCAAAACCCAGAGUGAAAGAAAGCACAGAGCGGAACAGGACUUAUUCAAUCAUUUCAGUUGCUUCUUCUAGAAUUGUAACUAUAACUUCAAAGAGGCAUCUAAUCACCUGAAAGGUAAUCAGAGAGACAGACAGCAGUAAUUGCUGUCAUAAGUUACUCAGUAACUACUGAAAUGGAACUGCAGAAGAGAACUGUUGAUGAGGAAUUAAAAGAUUUAUUCCAUGAAUUUAAAGAUAAAGAAGCUAUGAAUGACCCCUGGAACUUCAGAAUGUGGGAUUUCGAUCAGAAAUAUUUCUUCUUUGAGAACAAUGUUCUGAUAGCAGCGCCGCUGUAUUCUAUGGUACCAGAGCAGUUGAUGGCUGUGGUCCCCAAUGAAAACUUAGAUUUUAGAAACCGACCCAUCUUUAUAGGACUCACUGGUAAAACCAAGGUCUUGAGUUGUCUGGAGUCAGUUACUGGUGAGCCUCAGCUAGUGAUAUUGGAAAAAAACAUCAUGGAUUUUUAUAGAGACACUAAGGAAUUCAAGAAUUUUUCUUUCUAUGUUGUCACUGGACGCGACAAAUCAAAUUGCUGGUUUGAAUCUGCAGCAUUCCCUGGUUGGUUCUUAAGUACCUCAAUUCACCCAAACAUGCCUGUUGGUCUUUGUAAACAAGGAGGUACUGGCAUCAUUUUAUUUCAUUUUGAAAAAGUUGCUUCCACUCCAAAAGGUGGACAGAGAAGGCCAAAGAAAGAUUGUUACACCAGGACAGAAAUGGAGAUCCAGAAGAAUAAAAGCUAUAAGAAGAGCUGGGAUGAGGAAAUGAAGGAAUUAUUCCAACAGUUGAGACAACAGCAGGCAUACUAUCCAGAUCUGAACAUGUCACAUCUGAAACCCUCUAAACCACCUCAUGUGCUUGAGCCUCUAAGAUUAAGGGAACCCCGCUUGUUCCGAAUUUGGGAUAUUAGUCAGAAAUUCCUCUUCAUGGUCAACAGCAUGCUGAUAGCAAACCCCCUGGAUUUCAAUUCACCAGAAGUGUGGAUGGCUGUGCUCCCCAAUAAUGCCUUAGAUCCAAGAAAGCAACCCAUCUUUAUGGGUCUCACAGAUGGAUCGCAUACUCUGUCUUGCACAUCGUCUAGUGAGGGUCAACCUCAGCUACACCUAGUGGAGAGAAACAUUAUGGAGUUAUACAAUCAAAACCAAAAGCUUUUGGACUUCAGUUUUUACAGCAAGAUGGAUGGCAGCUCAGAAACAUGCUCUUUUGAAUCUGCCCAGUUCCCUGGUUGGUUCAUAAGUACGUCUUCUGAACCUAACAAACCUAUCAAUCUUGGUCAAAAAGGAGGCACAGGCAUUACCCUUUUUUAUUUUGAAACAAGUGAGAGGAAGGAAAAAGCGGAACUUGUCAUUACGAGAAUUAUUUAAGACAAAUGCCUACUUCAGGUUUUGUGGGAAAUGUAGGUUUAUUAGUAAGUAAAAGUUUCAGUUUUAUACAAUUGAGGAUGCUUUUAGCAGAUUGAGCAAAAAUGUUGGAAUUUCUCAGGUCAUAAGACAUUUAAGUAAUGCCUACUUUUUCAUAUAUCGUCAACAUUAUUCUUUGCUAAAUAAUAAAAAUAGAAUGA